CAGCCAUUCGUGCCUGCACUCCAGCAAAUCUAUGACCCCCUUGCCCCUUCCUCUAUCCUCAUGAAAUUAGAAGCCCAUAUUCCCAUUUCAUUGUCUUGAGCUUUCUCUGUUUUCUCGUAUACAUACAGCCAACAGUUUUUCUCUGUGGAUCAACUUUGAUUAGGAUCGGUUGUGGAUUCUCACUUUUAAUUUAAAGGGUACAUGUUAGUUUGAGAGAUGGAGAGUUUGUGCUGUUUUAAACAGCUUUCAGGAGGCCGUUCAACAGGUGGCUCCGGCAAGGGAAGUGGCAGCAAGAGCCAUGUCAAAUUUGGUUUCAGUUUAGAAAAGGGUAAAGCAAAUCAUCCAAUGGAGGAUUUCCACGUUGCUAAAUUUGUACAGUUCAAAGGUCAUGAACUCGGGCUGUUCGGUAUAUUUGACGGACAUCUGGGAGAUAACGUGCCCGCUUACUUACAAAAGCAUUUAUUUUCAAACAUAAUAAAGGAGGAGGAUUUUUGGAGGGAUCCUCCGGGGACGAUUGCUAAAGCUUAUGAGAGAACUGAUGAAGCUAUUCUGUCACACAACCCUGAACUUGGUAGGGGUGGCUCCACUGCGGUCACUGCAAUUCUGAUUGAUGGUAGACACUUGUGGGUGGCCAAUGUUGGAGAUUCACGAGGUGUGCUUUCCAGGAGGGGUCAGGCUAUACAAAUGACCAUUGAUCACGAGCCCAACACCGAGCGAGGUAGCAUUGAAAACAGAGGCGGCUUUGUCUCUAACAUGCCAGGGGACGUUGCCAGAGUAAAUGGCCAGUUGGCCGUUUCUCGUGCUUUUGGAGACAAGAACUUGAAGACACACUUGCGGUCCGACCCUGAUGUCACAAAUGCAGAGAUAGACUCAGACACUGAUAUUCUCAUUCUUGCAAGUGACGGUAUAUGGAAGGUGAUCUCUAAUCAAGAGGCAGUUGACAUUGUGAAGAGGAUCAAAGACCCCCAGAAGGCAGCGAAGCAGCUAGUGAAUGAGGCACUGCACAAAGAGAGCAAGGACGACAUCUCCUGCAUCGUUGUACGUUUUUAGCUUCGUGGUUUUUGUACAUUGCAAUAUCAUCCAUACCGUUGGAGUCCAACAGAAGAUUCAGAUUCAGAUGAUUCCGCUGCUUUACUCCUCUGUGUAGUAUCAAAGCCCUUGCUAAGUCGUUUACUCUUUAUUGCUUGUGAAGAUUUGCGCCAUUUUUUUGUGUCUGUAAAGUAAUCUGCAAGGGGAGACGUAUAAUAUGGUUUUGUUCUGCACUAUAUAUGUGUUAUAUUGAAGUAGGUGUAUACAAGAUGCAGCCAUUUCUGUUUUGGUUUGAACUAUUGGUGAAGAUGAUGACAGUGGCCUAAGAUUCAAAUUUAUUGUAUUUUUCUUUGUCGGUUGAAAACUAGUGAUUGUAAGAUCUUUGAAUACUA